CACCGCCAGCAAAUUAAGGCGCGAGGCAGCAGGCGCCUAGGCACACUUUAGGUCGCGCCUUGCUGCGCUCUGCAGAGAGGAGAUCCGACUCCCCGGUUUCCGCACCCUCUAGAGUCCCACGGCUGAUCGUCACCUCCCCGGACCUGGGCUACUUAGCGGACCCAAGGAGGGAAGGGAGGGAGAACUCGGCGUGGGUGCUGGGGACCCCGCGUUUUGCGCAGUGGGCUUACACACAGUUUUGAGUUCCCGGCUGGUCCCCACCCUGCUUUCCUGCUGGUUCGAAGUCUCUGCGGCUCCCCUGCUUUGCUCUAGUGGACUGGAAAGGCCAUCGUAGGAACCUGGGAACGGACGCUUCGGGGGAGGGGGUCCCCAGUUCCGCUUUGCUUGCUCUCUGGAACUUUGAGCUGCAGUUUCGGGUCUUUGUCUCCCUUUGGGGAAGCUGGACUGUGGUUUGUCAGUCCAGGCUUCUGAGCAGGACCGCACGCUGGGAACCAUGGAGUUCACGGCGUCGCCCAAGCCCCAGCUCUCCUCUCGAGCCAAUGCCUUCUCCAUCGCCGCGCUUAUGUCCAGCGGCGGCCCCAAGGAGAAGGAUGCAGCAGAGAACACCAUCAAACCCCUGGAACAAUUUGUGGAGAAAUCAUCCUGUGCCCAGCCACUGGGUGAGCUGACGAGUCUGGAUGCUCACGCGGAGUUUGGCGGCGGGGGCAGCAGCCCAUCCUCAUCCUCUCUGUGCACAGAGCCACUGAUACCCACCACCCCCAUCAUCCCCAGCGAAGAGAUGGCUAAAAUCGCCUGCAGCCUGGAAACGAAGGAGCUCUGGGACAAAUUCCAUGAACUGGGCACGGAGAUGAUUAUCACCAAGUCUGGCAGGAGGAUGUUCCCCACCAUCCGCGUGUCAUUUUCUGGAGUGGAUCCUGAGUCCAAGUACAUAGUCCUGAUGGACAUCGUCCCGGUGGACAACAAGAGAUAUCGCUAUGCCUACCACCGGUCAUCCUGGCUGGUGGCUGGCAAAGCUGAUCCCCCGCUGCCAGCCAGGCUCUACGUGCAUCCAGACUCCCCCUUUACUGGCGAGCAGCUCCUCAAACAGAUGGUGUCUUUUGAAAAGGUGAAGCUCACCAACAAUGAACUGGAUCAACACGGCCAUAUAAUUUUGAAUUCAAUGCAUAAGUACCAGCCACGGGUGCACAUCAUAAAGAAGAAAGACCACACUGCCUCCUUGCUCAAUCUGAAGUCAGAAGAAUUCAGGACGUUCAUCUUUCCAGAGACAGUUUUCACAGCAGUCACAGCCUACCAGAACCAACUGAUAACCAAGCUGAAAAUAGACAGCAAUCCGUUUGCCAAAGGAUUCCGGGACUCCUCCAGGCUCACUGACAUUGAGAGGGAGAGCGUGGAGAGCCUGAUCCAGAAGCAUUCCUAUGCCCGGUCACCCAUCCGCACCUAUGGGGAAGAGGAUGUUCUGGGGGAGGAGAGUCAGACAACUCAGAGUCGAGGAUCAGCCUUUACAACAUCUGACAAUUUGUCUCUCAGUUCCUGGGUAUCAUCAUCUUCCAGUUUUCCUGGAUUUCAGCAUCCACAGCCCCUGACUGCUCUUGGCACCAGUACAGCAUCCAUAGCGACACCGAUUCCUCACCCUAUACAGGGUUCUCUGCCACCAUAUAGCCGCCUGGGAAUGCCUCUGACCCCAUCUGCAAUAGCCAGCUCCAUGCAGGGAAGUGGUCCCACGUUCCCUUCAUUCCACAUGCCUAGAUACCAUCACUACUUCCAGCAAGGGCCCUAUGCUGCCAUCCAAGGACUUCGCCACUCCUCCGCUGUGAUGACGCCAUUUGUAUGAUUCCAUUGAGAGUAGGGGAAGCUAGAUACAAAGUGUGCAAAUGGCUAUGAAAAUACAGGAGGGGUGGGAACUAGGGUGGGUGGGAAGUGGGGUAUUGGAGCAAGGACUCUCCAGGAAACACAGGACUUAUUAAAGAAAAGAGGAGAGCUGGACUUACAAAACACCUACUCGCAAGAGAGUACACCAUGGGCCAGGAUUCAUCUGUGAUUGGAUCCAGGAAAGAAUCAGUGUGAAGUAUAUUCAGCAUACUCCUACAACUAAUAGGCUAUCAGUUUACCCAGAAAGCUUAAUAAUCCUAGUGCUUAAAAGUUUUGUUGAUGCAGUGCUGUAUAAAAUCCGUGUGUAGAGGUUUCUUUCUGCUUUCAACAGGUUCAGAGCAUCAUCCAGAAGGCAGUACUAUAUAGUGUAUUGACAUGACUAACUCAAGCCCAUUUCUCCCAGUAGGAAAUGGAAGCCAGUAGUGAUAUGUUUGUAGUGCUCUACUUUAAGCAUGUUUAGUUUCCUUUGUGUCAGUUUGCUGCAGACGGGGCAGAGUUGGUGCUAGUAUGUCCUGUGGUGUGAAUGAAUACGUGGUAACACAUUUACCAAGUUCCUGCCAUACCCACAGGCCAUGACAACAUAAACUCUGUCUUCCGUCCCCUUUCAUUUUUUUUAAAGCCUAAUAAUUCUUUUUCCUGCAACAACUUUGCAGUUAUGCAGUGAAAACCCUCUACAUGCCAUUUUAAAACAAGAAGCUCUCUCAUUUUCAAAGAGGAUGGCUUCUGGGGGGCUGCAUUAUCAACAGGCUGCUGACACAGCCACCGAGUACCCGUCCAAAGCCCGUGCAUGGUGAUGGCUGAAGCUCCCCCUCACACAUUCAAAGUCUCGUGGCUCUCUUCUGAGGGGAAUUUCUCUGCCCUGGGAACCAAAGUCCUCUUUCACUCCAGCGUCAGCAAGUCUCUUGUAUAUUAAAACACACUGGGCCAAAUUCUGAUUUUUUUAAAAAAAUAUAAAUCUGCUUUGCUGCUGCUUCCAUCUUUGUCAGGGAUUUGUCAAUGGCCACUCUCCAUAUGCAUGCUUCACCACGCUCUCAUGUAUGCUCAUGGGCAUGUACAUGCCCUGUAGUGGGUUUCUCCAGUCUGGCUGUAUUACAUUUACAGACUUCUUUCCAUUUUCCCUGGUCCCUAAUAUGAAGCUGCAUGUUAAUUCAAUGACUCCCUUACAGAAAUACUAACAGUUCUUACCAGAAUACGAGAGCUUCAUCCAGUUUUUUCCUAUGUUCUUAAGCUUUCCUUCUAUGUGUAAACUAGAGUUUAUGUUUUACUUCUGUAUAACCACUAUGUUAUUUUUGAGCAACAUGUAUCUUAGCAUUUACAUUCAGGAUAACACAUAUGAUAUUUUACAAUAGUACAUUUCCCUAAUAAUAUAGAUUUAUUAAAGUCCUUAGACUUUCAGGUUUGAAGACACUGUGUUCCACCUAUAGGAUGUGACCAGUUUGCUUUAUGUAGGUUGCCUGAAUUUAUUUUAGUUUCAAUUUUUUUUUCUUGUUUUUGUUUUUUGAGACAGGGUUUCUCUGUGUAGCCCUGGCUGUCCUGGAAACUCACUCUAUAGACCAGGCUGGCCUCGAACUCAGAAAACCACCUGCCUCUGCCUCCCAAGAGCUGGGAUUAAAAGCAUGUGCCACCAGUGCCUGGCCUAGUUUCAAUUUUUUAAUGAAGUUUUUAUUCUACUCUGUUCUUAUUUCAAAAGUAUUGACUGUGCUUAAAGAUACGGGAAAGAGCACUCCUGACAGUAGAAAUGUGUUUAGGAGCCAAUGCAAUAUACUUACCACAUCACUCUGCUGUUUUAUUUGGUAGCUUUAAUGUUAGGCUUUUCCAUGUGGGAUGAAUUCCAAGGCCAUGUCCAGUCUAUGAAACAAGGUACUAUACCCAGUCUGAGUAUGGGAUGCUAGUUUUAGAUUUUUGCACUUGAUAUUCUCCACCAAAAGUCCAUAGUUUACUUACAAAGAAGCAUGAACUGUUAUGGAAAUGAUUCUAAACUCUCAUGGCAGACACUGCAGGUGAGUCCAGCUUCUUGUGUGCCUUGUAGUAGUAUCCACAGGUAGUUGGUUUCCAUACAAAAUACAGAUGUGCAUUUCUCUUAAAAACCCAUUGUGAGUGAUGUUUAAAAUAAAUGCCCAUAGAGCAAGGAUAAGGGCUUGAUAUUUAAUAAUUGGCCUCUUGCAAAAGAACCAUGGAAUAAAGUGCUACUAUUUAAAGCAGGAAAAAAACAAAACAAAACAAAAAACUGAGGCACGACUGUGCAGGGUGCCCCUCAUCUCUCCCCUGGUAUAUGCUGAGAUUCUAAAGUGAGAUUCUAAGCACAUGCCCGUGUUUUCUUUUCCAUGAGAAUGAAAGGAUUGUUUUAAUAUUGUCUUUGUAGGUUUUUUGAAUUGAUGUGCCUCACAGUUGGUUUUUUAAAAUUGCUGUUAAAUAUGAUCUUUUGUUGGUAUUUCCUGACCUUAUAAUUUUGCUUGAGGAUGAAACUCACUGAAAUACAUGAUGACAGCAAAGAGGGCUCUUGAAAACGUUCUCCCUAAAAGUCUUUACCGGGUGUUUGGUUCCCCUGUUGGUAUUAUGUAAAUCAGACAGAAACCUCCCAAGAGAAACAGCACCAUGUGAGUGCCCUGUCAUUUGACCCUGGGACCACCAGUGCCUUUCUGACUUAUUUUGGCAGUUAAAUUAUUAUUAAUCCUUGGGGAGUUUACAACUUAAAAUCCCAAGAUCUGGUUAACAAAAACUGAUGGCAAUAAUUAGAUAUUAAUUGAUAAAUCCAAUUGAAUAAUAAUGACCAAGACUUAAAAAGCAUUUGGACUAAUUCAGGCCUUCCUCCUAUGGCUAUUACAUUGUGAUAAAGCAUGGCGAAAGAGAGUGCUGUUGAAGAGGCCCAGCCAGGCUUGCUUUACUGAGCUCUAAUGGACUUGCUCAUAACUCAGGAGGUUCUCACUUAUGCUCUGAUUUUAAAAUAUUCCUCAAUAAUUCCAAGUUAUGGUGUUCCAAUCCCAUAUUAAAUGAACCAUUCCACCUGGUUCCUGUCCUUAGCAGUUCAUGUGGAAAUACUUCCAGUUGUGUGUGACACAUCAACAAUUGUCAGGUAACAUUGUCUAGCUCAGUGGCUGUCUGCUCCAUUGCUGGCACAGUCAGUUAACAGCACUGGAGUCUUGUCUAGAAGGUUAUCAGCGUUUAUGGUGAGUGCUCCAAAGAAGGUCCGUACAGGUUCAUCGUCAUGCAGAAGCCUUGUGUACGAGCUGCACCAACUUCUGGGGCAUUCUAAGAUCUUACUUUCUCAACCACUGGAUAAAUAUCUGUCCCUUGACUUCUCCACACAGCAUACUUCUUCCCAGAAGAAAAAGGAAAAUGAAUCUGUCACAAACCCAAGAAAUAGUCUUAGCAGUAAACUGUCAUGUCUCGUUGCACUGACUGUGAGCAUUUCAGGGAGCUGUUAGGACAUUUAUCCUAUUGCUCAAUUUCAGAUUAACUUUUUAAGCUACAUUGGUUAUGCAAUGGCCAGUUAUGUCGAGAAAAUUCACUAACAAGUAAAAUGUAUGGGAGGACUUCCCACCCCAUUAGAUAGGUGGGAAAGCUUAGUGGUGGUUUAGUCACCAUCGAGCAGGCAAGACACUGCAUUUAAAGUCAUGUUCUUAUUCUGUAUUCUACCGAGUAUGAAAAUCUACUUCCAUUAUUUAUUGGGCAGGAAACUGAUAGUUAUUGCAAACAAAAAUACUCUAACAAAGCAGCAGAUAAAAGAUAAAACAUUUAAUUUGUUCCUCUAUAGAGUUACUGAGGGUUUUAUAUACAUUCUCAUAUUGUUUUAGAAUGAAAGCCAUUGCUAUAAACACCAAAGGUAAGAUUAACCUACUUUUAAAACUUGAAGGAAGUAUAAAAGCCCCUUUGUUUCAGCUUAUCAUUCUAUGCCAGUUAUAAAAUACCAAAACACCUUUCCUCUGUAAGCUCAAUCAUAGAAAGGCACAUUUAUAAGUAUUUGAUGUGGUAAUAAUUCAUAAGUAUUUUCUAGCUUUCUUUACCUGUCUGUCUGUCUGUCUCUCUCUCUAAUAUAAUUUCAAUCUCUUACCCCUUUAAGAAAGCAUCCUGCAUGAAAAUGUGUGUGUGUGUGUGUGUGUGUGUGUGUGUGUGUGCAAUAUUGAAUCUGGACAAAAGAUACAAUUUGUUGUAUUUUACUUUACUUCUGGCACAAAGACAUUGUAUUUAGUUGCUUUAAAAUUCUUGUUUUCAGAAGUCUGAAAAGGUUCUUCUAUUUGCUAAAGUAAGAGGUUCUGUAACACCGCUCAAUAGUCUCUGUCACAGUCUCCCUGUUUGCUGUGUCUUCAUUUGAUUAACAAAUUGUGUGGAAAAGUCACUGUAAUGCAGUGUGUGGGAUGUGGGAAGGGUGUGGGAAAUGUUUUAUGGGGAAAAAUUAUAAGCCUAAUACUAUGAAGUAACAUUUAAUGAAGUUCUGUUUAAGUGCAAUAUAUUUAUUUCUGCCAGAAAUGUAUUAUCGACCUUAUGUAAUAUUUGAUGCAUAACAUCUUAUUUGCAAACAGCUAAAAUUAUAUAUUAUCCCAAAUUGUACAGAA